ACAGCCGAUUGAAACUAGGGCAUCAUCAUCGCUGCGCGCGCUAUCGAAGCACGAUAGAAACACUUCCGGAUCCACUCCGGCGAGAAGACACACUUUUUCGUCGUCGUCAUCCUACGCGCGGCGCAAGCAUGAGAUGUAUUUGUUGACGUGCGCGCGCGAGCGGCCAGUAGUGCGUAAUUCGCGACCGAAAAACAUUCGGCGCGCUAUGACGUCAGGUUUAGGAAAUGGCUUGGACCAGGAUGCGACUAAUAACCUUCGGACCGCCGCUGAAUGCCGCGCGCUACGCGAUGGGUGUGUGCGCUCGGUGGCCGCACGACAAUCGGCAAAUAUUGACGAAACGAAACGCGCAACGCACACACACACCAACCACAUGCAUGCACCUUUCACCUAUUAAAUUAUAGUUCUAUUCAUCAAUACCACACCAUGUGUAUCUCUCCACUGAAUUCUAUGCGAGCGUAAUCUCGAGUGCACCUAAGCGUGCGCAAUAAUGAAGAUCGCGCAUCACUAGGUCAAAGAGCUUGACGUAAGUUCAGCGACCGUUCCGACCCGGAUCUUAUUCAACGUUAUUACGGGCGCACGAGCAGGCCGCGGUGGGUGCAUCGCGCAUCCUCAUGCCGUGCGUGUGUUUGUUUCUAUGUCCGCGUCCGGCGGUUCCUGCUCGAGAACUUUCGAAAGUCGCCGGCCUGCUUUAUUCAAAACGGCGGCGUGGAGACCUUGUCGAGGAGGAGGAGCUAGUGCCAUCACAUCCGCAUCCGAUUCCGAAUUCGACAUUCCAUACUCUUAAACACUCAACCCACAAACAACAAAAAACCCUUUAUUUAGUUAUUAGUAUCGAUUCAUAUGAUUAUUUCAUUUGCUAUUCAUUUUCUUCUAUUUGUGCGUAUGGUGAAUGAGUAUGCGCCGUUUCACCGCGGUACACAUUCACCCUGAGCCGUUUCGCCGUAAGAAUAAUUCUAUAGUUUCUAGAUAAUUUUAACACGGAAAUAAUUAGAUUUCUGCGAAUAUUACAAUGAUUUAUAUAAGUUAAAUCUUGAAUCUUUCGAAUACAAUGUAUAAGAGAAUGAAAUUUUAAUGAAUUAGAUGAUUUUUCGUCUUCUUAGUACCGCGGUGGGUUGGCUCACGGCGAAACGGCGUGAAUAAUGAAUGCAGGUCCGCCGUCCGCAGGUGAAAUUAUACCGUGUGACGCUCCGCUAAGAACCGCAUCAUCGUUCGUUCGGUGCUGGAAACAUGUUGGAAAGGCACACGACGAGACGCAACUCACACCGCGGCGCGCACGCGGCCGAAGUUUCAGUCGGGUCUGGCCGGUCGCGCGAAGUGUUUCGAUGGUCUCGAUGAGUUCGGUCUUCGCCUUCGUGUCCGCGAGCGUCUCGUGGUAUGAUCGAUUACUGAACGCUGCCGACCACAGCCAAUAAACGCGCCGCGGUGAUUAUAAACACAUAUACCUAGAUAUUUCGUUUCACCGCCUGGGCCUACGCUGUGACAUUGGAUAAAUGCAUUUAGAAUGUAUCGGAAUGUGCACGAAGAAAUAUGUAGAUGACAUUUGCAAGGAAGGAUGCCAGGGUGGUACAAGCCAGCAUCCAGCGGCCGCUGGUGGUGGCGGCACGCUCGGUGGCGAGGAUUCCAGCUACGAUUCGGAUUAUGAAGCGGACGCGUCGACGCCUGGCGGCGGCAGUAAGCAUCAGGAUGUGUCGCGUACGACAAGCGAUACGCUCGCUGCCGAAUACGCCGACUAUGUGCAAACGGACGCGUCGCCUGGCUACACGGCGAGGGUUGAGUUUGCGCUGAAAUUGGGUUAUACGGAGAAAUUAGUGCAGGCGGCGUUGACGAAGUUAGGCCCAACACCGGCGCAGAAUGAGUUACUCGCUGAACUCAUCAAAUUGGGCGCGCAGCGUGGUAUGUCAGCCGACAGCAGUCCCUCCGACGAGGCCCCGCCUGUUCUCCCUGACAAUAGUCAGGAUUAUCAGGUGCAAUUACGGCCAAUUGUGAUAGACGGCAGUAAUGUCGCCAUGAGCCAUGGAAACAAGGAGAAGUUUUCCUGUCGAGGUAUCAAGAUCGCCGUGGAGUGGUUCCGGUCGCGCGGCCACAAAGACAUAACAGUAUUCGUGCCGAAAUGGCGCAAGGAGUCGCCGCGACCGGACAAUCCCAUCCAGGAUCAAGACAUUCUCGCCGAAUUGGAACGUGAGCGUAUGUUGGUCUUCACGCCGUCGCGACUUGUCGGUGGCAAGCGGAUGGUGUGUUACGACGACCGCUAUAUACUCAAACUAGCAGCUGAAGUGGAUGGAAUUGUCGUGUCCAACGACAACUACCGCGACCUCUGUCAGGAGUCGGCGGAGUAUCGCAAAGUCGUCGAGGAGCGCAUCUUGAUGUAUUCAUUCGUGAAUGAUCGUUUCAUGCCGCCGGAUGAUCCGCUCGGUCGUGCUGGCCCAACGCUGUGUAAUUUUCUACGCACGCAACCAAAGAAAACCGACCCGCCGCCGCUUUGUCCCUACGGCAAGAAGUGCACCUACGGGAACAAAUGCAAGUACAAUCAUCCCGAACGCGGUCCCUUGCCGCACAAAAGCGUCAUCGAACGGCUCUCCGAGCACGCGCAGCGACACCUACAGGCGAGAGAAUGCGAAACGAGAAAAUUACCCCUAGGCCGCACGCGUUCCAAUAUCCCACCGCCGAAGGAAGUCCAGCAUACGAUCGUUUCCAAGUCACGUAGUGUCGACAAUGUGGGCGCAGCGUAUCUCCAACAACAGGCGGCGGCGCAAAGCCAAGCACAAGCUGCGCAGACUCAGGGCGAGAAUCUGCAUCGUAAACUACAGCGACAACUCACGCUGAAUCCGAACGCCGAUCCGCGUCUGAGGCGGUACAAGCCUCUCACGCCGCAGCCGCAACAACAGGUGCUGAAAUACGUGCCCAGCUGGGAUCUGCAUCAGAAUGUGACGCGCAUCGCGUCCGCGCCCGACAGCUACCGGCCAUGGCCGCCUGUGCCUCAACAACACCCGCCGCAUCUCAUCUCCAGCUGCAGCGAUCCGCAGCUGAACGUGUGGUCACCGCACAUGCCGCCGCCGCCGCCGAUGAAUGUGCAGGAGGACGCGCGCCGCAAGCUGCACUACCAUCUAGCGGCGAUUUUUCCCGAGGAGCAGGUCACACAAGCGCUGCAGCUCUAUCCGGACGAGACGAAUCCGCAGAAGAUUUGCGCCGCGAUACUGGCGCUGUUUCCCAAGCAGGGCUAAGCACCCGCACGUUUUGAUACGACGAUGUUUCUAAGGCGCUUAGACGAUCGUGUUAAGCGUCAUUAGCGAACGCGACGAGCGACUUUUUUUAUUACGCCCUUCAUAUUGAAGCAGCGCGCGACCGAGAACACGGCGUCGAUGAGACCAGAAGGAGGUGGAAAAUGAAUUUUAAGCUAAUAUAUUGAAUUGCAUUGAGUUAAUCAUCGAUGUCGAUGAUGGUACGUGCGUGUCGUGCAGGAGAGAAACAACCCUUUCAUAUAUUGAUUACGUUGAUACUAUGUAUCUCUAGUAAAAUUGUUGCAAUUUGUAUAUUUUCGAAGUGUCGACGAUGGCGUCGGUACGUCGGUUCUAGUAGCAAUCCGUACUGAAUUUGUGUUAAGGACAACAAUACGCGACGAUAAGAAACAAAACAAAACAAAAAAGAAUUAUUAACAAGACACGAAAUCGAUUGUUAUAUUAAAUUUAUUUAUUGAUGAAGACUGUACCGUACGUUAACGUUUUAAAUACUUUAUUGUCCAUUCGUUGCUGAAGGCGGAGCACUCACAUCUCGGUGUGUUGUUAUGAGAUAGUAUAAUUGCAUAUUGCAUAUAUCGAGUGUAUGUACGUUUUAACUAUUACGUUUAAUCUAUGUUUAGUAUUAAUUGUGUACAACGGGCGGUCAUCGAUUAAUAAGACGCGUCUCAAAUCUGAGUUUGCGGGAGCGAUGGCGCUUCACUUCAAUUGUUUGUUCUUUUCUAGAGAAUCAUAUUUGUUAUAUUUUUUCAUUUUGAUUAGUAACAGUAACUAUUUAUUUUGUUUUUUAAUAAAUUGAUAAGAGAUACAA